CAUUGACGUUGUGAUUGUUUACCCUACUUUUGCUAACGCCUCUGCCAGUGAAUUAUGAACUUAGUAUGAAUGAUUUACGCAAAUUCUCGACCGUUUGUCGGUUUUGUUUGAGUAAAGAACACGAACAAUUCGUUACCAUCAGCGAGAUUCUUUCCUCUUCACUUACCGCCGAGCUCAUUGGACUGUUUACUGGGAUAGAGCUUGAAACGGCGGAAACAGUACCGUAUGUAGUGUGUGGAAACUGCAAAGAUAUCCUGAAUCAAUCGGUCCAAUUCCGCAACAUCUGCGUUAGUAACGAUGUAUUGUUUAGAGAUUUGUUUUCGCAGUGCACUAUUCCCUCGAGCAACAGUAAUGAUGAAACCGAAGCACGGUCGAAGCAAAAGGAUACCGGCUUGAUUGAGAUUGAAAUUAUGUACUUAAAGGAAGCAUCUAAGGAGCGCAAUGGUUUGAGCCAAGAUCUAACCGAAGUGUUUUUAAAUGAUUCGGAAGGACGCGAGGAACAAUUCGACGAAGCUGUUAUUAGCGACGAGGCUAACGAAAAGAGAAACAAAAAUGAAAGACUGUCUGCAAGCCCUACAACAUGCACAACAGCCACAGCAGUUGUGUCAAGCAAAAUUCAAAACGAAGGAACUGGCUCGACCAAAUUCAAAAAACAGCUAUGCGUCACUUGUGGCAAACUGGUGCGCAAUCUGUCGCACCACGUUCGUAUUCAUACGAACGAGCCAACACUGUACGCUUGUCCGCAUUGUCCCACAAAAAUGAGAAAUCAGUCGAAUCUCGCACGCCAUAUACAAGCGGUACACUUGAAGAAAAUUGUAAAAUCCUGCGAACCGUGCGGGAGGGGUUUUGCUCACAUCAACUCGUACAAUGCGCACAUGCGAUCACGCCACGGCAUGGGUGAACCGUACAAGUGUGAAAUAUGCUCGAAAACGUUUAGGCAACCUAGCGGCUAUAAAAAGCACCUAUCCUCCACACACACUAGCGAACGGAACUUUCCAUGCGCGAUCUGUGGUAAACCGUUCAAGGAUAAGCAAGCGUUGAAGCUACACGAAAGUGUACAUUCCACCAAUCGGCCGUACAGUUGCGCGAUGUGCCCGAAGCAAUUCAAAAGUUUAAGUGCCAGAAGGACACACGAGCUGACCCAUGUCGGGGUCGUGUUUCCGUGCUCGUUAUGUGAUAAAUCCUAUCAGUACAAAUCUCUGCUUAAUGCACAUGUAAAGAAACAUCAUUCCGAAGCCUCUUGAGAGCAGAAACAACGUAAAACUUUUGUGAAAAUUUUGAAAUAAACGAAAGAACAUUUGAAUUCUUUACUAACCACCCUGUAAAUAAUUAA